AUGUCUGAUGUGGAGGCACUGGGCCCCCGGGGGCCUGAAGGCACUGGGGCACAGACAGGGGAUGUCCCCUCCCUUAAAGAAAUUGAGCAGCUCCUGAACACUGGGCGGCCCUCCUGCAACCACGUUGAUGAAGUAUGGCCUAAUCUCUUCUUAGGAGACCUAGUAACAGCUCACAACAGAUUUGUUUUGUGGAAGAUGGGUGUGACCCAUGUUUUAAAUGCUGCCCACGGCACAGCAUACAGCCACGGAGGCCAGGACUUUUACGGAGCAACCAUUGAUUACUAUGGUGUACCAGCCCAUGACCUCCCAAACUUUGAUAUAAGCCAGUUCUUUUUCUCUGCGGCACAGUUUAUCCACAACGCCUUGAACACACCAGGAGCUAAAAUUUUGGUACAUUGUGCAGUCGGCGUAAGCAGGUCAGCUUCCCUAGUCUUAGCAUAUCUCAUGAUAAAUCACCACCUCCCAUUGGUUGAAGCCAUCAAAACAGUGAAGGAGCAUCGAUGGAUUUCACCUAAUCGUGGCUUUCUGAAACACCUGCGAAAUCUGGAUGUUCAGCUACGGCAAAAGAAGGACUGCUGA